CCGUGACAGUGGACGAAGUGUACGGCGAACAAGGAAGUUCUGCGGGUGCGUUUACGUCCUUGACCCUAGGAUACUUAUAUCUGGGUGGCAGUGAAAACACCGUUGCGUUACCUGGCACAAAAGCGAGUACAAACUUCGUGGGAUGCAUCCGAAAAGUGGAGUAUACAUUCGAUGGAGUAAAUAAAUACGAUUUCUUGGAAAUGGGAAAAACUGGCAUUUCGACUAUACAAGUAUAUGGCCGAUUGCAAUUUUCGUGCCAAGACUUUGGAAUGGACGAUCCUGUGUGCUUGUCUACGCCCCGAUCAUUCCUCAUGUUGCCUAAUUGGGAUGGAACGACUAGUGGUUCGAUUUCAGUUAAGUUUCGUACCAACGAGCCAGAUGGUCUUUUAUUUUUCAGCAGAGGUCAAACUGAACAUACCUCUGGUAUUUAUGCUGUUGAAAUGGUUGACGGACGACUUUACGUUUAUUUGGAUUUGGGUGCUGGCGGCACUCGUGCUGAAGUUAGUUCAGAAAAGACUAAAGUCAACGACGGUCAAUGGCAUGAAUUUUCGAUAUGGCGUAAUGACAGAGAUAUACACUGCACCGUAGACGAUUACUCUUCAGAUUUCACGACAAAUGGCGAUUCUAAUCAGUUACACCUACAGAACGGCAUCAUGUUAGGAUUUGGUGGUCGGGCGGUGUAUCAUAAAAAGAUACCGCCUGGUGUGUGGACACUGUCAUUGGAAACGGGAUUCGUUGGGUGCGUGCGUGACCUCGUCCUGGACGGUGUAGCAAUCAAUUUAGUCAGCUCGUCUUUAGAACAGGACCAUGUGUCCGUAACUCCACAUUGCCCUGAAUCUUCUAACAGUUGUAAAUCAGACACCUGUUACAACGGAGGAAUUUGUCAUGAAGGCUGGAACCGCGUGAUAUGUGACUGUUCAAAUACCGAGUACGCUGGUGCCACUUGCAUGAAAGAAUCAUCAAUGUACAGUUUUAACGGAACACAAUACGUUCAAGCAAUAAUGCCAGAAAAGAUGACAACUCAAGUUGAAGACAUGCAUUUUCGAUUCAAAACAAAUAGACCGUUGGCCAUGUUAAUGAAAACUUUCGACAGUUCAUGGGAUAGGCUAGAAAUUGCAUUGAUAGUUGGAAAAAUUAGAUUAGCCUUAAAAAUCGGUGACAAAGAAAAGGUGGUUCUGUGUGGAUCUCAUUUAGAUGAUAACAACUGGCAUUCUGUGCACUAUAUAAGAAGGGCACAUGAAAUCCGUUUGAAAGUGGACAAUGUCACUGUUAAAAAUGAUUCUGAUAUGGAAGAUAAAAUAACGCUCAGAUGGCAAGGUCUAUUAGUUGGUGGAACGCCUCCUAAGGAUCCAGACGCAUUAGCGAACCUCCCAAGCUUUAUUGGUAGCAUCCAACAGUUCAUACUAAACAAAAUUAAUUAUUUUGAUCUMGCGAAAAUUUCAACCAAAGGCUUUUCGGAAGACUUACCAAAAGUACACAUGACCUCCAAAUAUCAAAAACAAGAAAAACCACCUUCAUUGGUGCACACGGUUACGUUCCUAUCAAAGAAUACGUUUAUAGGAUUACCGCCAUUAAAAGCCUACUCUAGAAUGGAAGUGUACUAUCGAUUUAAGACAAAGCACACAUCCGGAUUGUUUUUCUACAACGGUGGAAAACACAAUGACUUUGCACUUGCUGAACUGAUCAACGGCCAUAUACUUAUCAACAUUCGUUCAGGCACGCACGUGAUUCGACUUAAAGACACUUCAAAGAAYAGUUUCAGUGACAACUACUGGCAUUCGGUUCACUUGUUACAAAUWUCGGCUACUAUGUUUUGUCUACUUAUUGACGAUCAGGUAGCGUCAACUACAACAAUCUCAAGACCACACAACAUACAAUUGAACGGAAUGUUUUAUGUUGGCGGCGUGCCUAAAGAAUUGCAUAAACGUCAGUCAAAGCACAUACACUCGAGACACGGGUUUGAGGGGUGCAUGUCUGGACUGGAAUACAAUGGUGAAUCUCCGGACAUGGUAGAAAAUGCCACCAUACCUAGCACACUCAUCACCGUCGGUUGUGACGGACUUAGCAAAAUGUGCACGCAAGACAUGUGUGAUAAUCACGGGACUUGCGUGGAACAAUGGAAUUCAUAUUCGUGCGAUUGUGACAUGACUGCAUUCGUUGGACCUACUUGUUCUGAACCGUCUAUUUCCUAUGAUUUUGGACCUGAUGGAGGUCUUGUGACAUAUGCGUUCCCCGAUGGACGACAACCAGAUAUGCAAAACGACCUAUUGGCUUUGGGUUUCAUUACAACCAAGUCUAGUGGUGUGCUGUUCCGUGUAGAAAGUGGCACUUCUGGAGAUUACCUACAACUUGAAAUGGUAAAUGGACACAUUGUAGUCAUUUACAACGUCGGGACCAAUGAUCAUCCUAUCGGUGAGGCAAACGUCAUAGUGAAUGAUAAUUCCUAUCAUUUAGUCAGAUUUGUAAGAUCGGGGCCAAAUUCGACUUUGCAGGUGGAUGAUAAUAGUAUGCAAACUCUAUAUCCUUCAGGACACCAACUCAGCGUGUUCAAUAGGCAGUCAACAAUUCAAAUUGGUGGUCGAUGGAAUAAAACUAAGCAACGUAUUGAGGACGCGUUCGAGGGAGUUAUGGUGGGAUUGGUAUUCAAUGGCCUCAGGGUAUUUGACUUGACAGCCAAUAGAGAUCCAAGGACAACCAACAAAGGGGAUGCGCAACAGUUGUCAUCGAUUUUAGAUAGACUGAACGAACAUUCUCUUUUGGACACCAUGCAACAAACACCAGCAUCGGGGGUGAUGGACGACUUGGUGUACUCUGGAGCAGGAUCUGGUUGUAACCACGAUGAUGAAGACCAGUGCACAGUAACAUUUGAUGUUGGGUUAGGAGACGACUUGAUUACACCUGUCUAUGUACCUCCAACAGUUGUACCACCACCAUCAUUAGUAACUGAAGUCCCUGGAGCGUGCGAUGACGAAGAAACCGAUUGUAUUACGGGUUCUGGAUUUGGACCUACGUCUUCUACUGACGAUUCAGCCACUACCAUAAAAAGCUCAAAUCCGGUGAUGACGACUUUCAACGGCGUUACCAACUGGACGAGCUCAUCGGUUAACCGAUCCACAGGGGUGGAAAAACAGUUAACAAACAAGACAGGUGUUGUAGCUACAGUGAGUUCCACGGUCCCGUCUACCAAUCAAACGAAUCCGUACUGGUCGUCAGUUGCCACGACCACCGCGACAAAAACAGCAACGCGCUACAGGGUUCCCGGUAUCGCGGUAACCACGACCGCGACCACGGUGAAGAAUACGAGCAAUUUGGAUGGUGUAUCGUCAUCUAGAGGCCAUGAAAAAUCAACCAGCGCAGGAAUCGGAACUGUAGACAUUACCACAAGCACUACCAGCACCUCGACGCACUCGACAUUCUUCGACAGCGACAAGCAGACGAACGUGAAUUCGGGUGGCGGUGGUUAUGAAUAUGGUGGUGGUAACCGUUAUGGUGGUGGUUACGAUGAACGUGACGGCGAGACGAUGAUGACCACGCCAAACGUGGUGUUCAGCGGCGAUCAUUUCCCGCCGGCGGCCAAACCAACACCACCCAAGCACGCCGAGCCACCGAUCAACACGAAGGCAGCCGAAAGCACAGCUUUUGUAGUGCUAGUCACGGCCGCCACGCUCAUCAUCAUCGUGCUCAUCAUACUCCUCGUGCUCAAAGUCAAGUACAGGACCGACACGAACAGGUACAAAAUCGAAAUGCCCAAAGCUUACGGCGCGCCCAUCGAACAGGGCUCGGACAGGGGUGGCUUAUGUCACCAGCAGCAGCACAAUCUCCAUCACCAACAGCAAGCCAACCUUCUGUCACCGGGCAACUAUCCGUCGUCGGCGCAAUCGUCGCCAACGUACGCGCAUAACAACUUCAGGCCCCACAGUGGCGGAAGUGGCGUCGGUGGCAUCGUCGGAGUGAGCAACAAGCCCAAGAAGAGACAGGACGUCAAAGAGUGGUACGUGUGAGGCGGUCAGGCGUACACAUGCCGUACGCUCACCGCCGUUCCCAUACGGCACUGCUCGGAAAACAAUAAUGAUAAUAAUACUCCCAAAUAUUAUUAUACAUACGACCUACUAUUAUGUAUAUAAGUGUACGAUAA